AUGUCUCCAAUAACUUACAAGAUAGAUGUACCACUAGCGCGAAAUCCAAUCAUUGUGGUGUGUGUCCUGGGUGCUUUGGCUACUGUGACUACGGCAUUGCGCUUUCUAGCUCUACGAAUUAGACGGGUAUCGCCUGGUCUUUCUGAAUAUCUUAUCCUUGGAGCACUGUUUAUAGUGUACGCUGAUAUAGCGAUCGCAUUAGUCCUCGUGAUCAUUGGAGGAACAAUUCUACCGCUCGAAGCUCUGUAUGGAAUUGUCCUGGGUCUGGUCAAGACAUCGAUUUUGCUCUUUUACUCGCGCAUCUUCGGGACCAAAAAAAGUUUCCGAAUCAGCCUCAUCAUAACUAUGUGCAUUAUUUGGGCAUGGGCUAUUAGUGUCAUCCUCGAGACCUUACUCCUCUGUCGGCCUCUGAAAUACAACUGGGAUACUUCAAUCAAGGGUACAUGCGGUAACCGAAAUGCGGGAUACGUCAUCGCCGGUACAAUGAAUCUGAUCACCGACUUAAUGGUGAUGGGACUGCCCAUACCUCAUAUCUGGAAGUUACAGCUAAAUACAGCCAAAAAGGCUGCUCUGAGCAGUGUUUUCUGCAUUGGACUUCUUGUCUCCAUCAUCAGCCUCAUUCGCUUGAAGUCCUUGAUGGUGAUCAAUUUCUCGAACAUUACCGAAUCAGUUCAAAUGGGAGUCAUGUGGACUAUAGUAGAGCCCGAGCUAGCCAUAAUAUGCGCCAACAUGCCUUUACUCAAGACCAUUCUAUCGACAUUUGCUCCAUCGUUGUUCUCUUCUGGCCGCCGCAACAAGUACGGCAAAUACGGCGCUUCCGACCAGCAGACUUUCUCUCGACUACAAGACGGCCUGUCAUCAAUGAAUGGCGGAAAAAACACAGUUUACCCAAUGAACAGACUGGAUCACGAGGCUCUCCAUACUCACAUCUCGACCGGCAGCCCAGAUUCACAGAGAAUACUCGGGAAGUCAGGAGAGGUUUUCACGAGUUCAGGAAGUCUUGAUGAUAAUAGCUUGGACGGACCUCAUGAAAUUGAGGUUCAACCUGCUUCUGGGAUCAACGUAACCCAGAACUUCUCCAUUGAAUAUCGGUAG